AUGCUUUAUCCGCUCGAAAUUAACCACGGAAUUGAACCAGAAAGUGAAACAACUAUAGAAAAUUCUAAUUUGAAAUCAGCGAGAAAGAAAUUCGAAAUACAAGAACCAACUGCAAUGCGUACUCGAGCGUCGACGAAAAGAAUGUCUAAAGUUCAGGCAAAUAAUUAUAUUAUAAAGAAAACUUGCAAAAAAACAACUGAUAUUCCUCUUAACCUUCCCAAUAAAUGGAACUGUGAAGAAAUACUGCAACAAAAUCUCACACCAGCCAAGAUAAUUCCUUUCUUAGACUUGGCUCUUGGACAACAAAUAAACAAUGUACAAUAUUCCUAUGGAUGGCGAAGAGUAAGAUGUCAAUCUACAGUAAAUUUUGCACUCACUGAAGGACAAUUAUUAGCCUAUGAUGGAAACGGAUGGUAUCCGAUCUUGGCGGUGCUGAACACUGCAUUAUUCAAAGCGGAAAAUGUGUUACGAACAAUAAAUUCUUUACACAAAAAAAUUGGUGUAUAUGGCGCACCACACAAUUAUGCAAGCCAUGUAAUCAUAAGUGAACUUCAAACUUAUUUUAAUAAUAAAACUAAGAAAAAAAUAGGCAUCAAAAAAAAAUCGUAA